AUGGGCAUGGGCAUGGGCACGCCCAACUCGUGGCUCUUCGCGUCGGACAACUCGCGGUACAGCACCCGGGCGCGGCUGCUCUUCAUGGGCCUCUCCUUCGCCAUCGGCAUCCUCACGUUCCUCCUCUACCUCGCCAUCUGGUACCUCUGCAGCCGCCGCCGCCGCGGGGGCCAGCGCGGCGCCUUGUUCGUUCCCGGGAACGGGGAGGGUGACGGCGACCACGGCAUGAGCGCGGACGCGAUCGCCGCGCUGCUGACGUUCGCGCACGACGCCGCGGCGCCGGCGCUCGACUGCCCCGUGUGCCUCGGGCAGGUGGAGGCCGGGGAGAAGGUGCGGCGGCUGCCCAAGUGCGCGCACUCGUUCCACGCCGACUGCGUCGACGCCUGGCUCCGCGCCCACUCCACCUGCCCCAUGUGCCGCGCCGCCGUCGGCACCGCCGCGGCCGCCGCCGCCACCAAGCAGCAGGCCGAGCCGGCGGCCGUCGUCGUCGUCCCCGUCUCGUCCUCCCCGGCGGAGGCGCUGCCACCUGUGUAG